CUUGUAAACUCCGGGUAAUUCUUUAUCACUAGAACAAUAGACGCCCGUGAAAGAAUUGGGCACGAACAAUGCUAUUGAGUUCAUACUUAUGAGAUUAAGUAUGCUAAGUAGUACUCAUCCACCAACACAUUUUACGUCGGCUGUAAGUAUUAUCUGUUCCUGGUAUCAAAAUGGCCUUAUCUAACGAAGUGCGCAUGCCCUCUUUCGAAUUCACACCAUUUGAAAAGGCCGAGUAUAUGAAUGAAAUAUAUACCCAUCUUUGGCGCUGCGCAACCUUACUAAAGAAUUUCGGGAAUGGAGCUUCGGCAAGUGCUCUCGAAGAGGCUUAUGAUGAGGCUGACGACGCGUUGAUAAUUGCUCUGGAAGCAGAAGCCAGUGAGUCACCCCCUCUCGCACAAUGCUACAUAUACAGAGGCCACGUCCUAUGGGCUAUGAAAAGAUACGUUGAAGCUCGAUUUGCAUAUGAAGAUGCAAUGAAUAUUCCAACCGAAAAUUCGGUGGAUCGUACUGCUUCGGAGCACGCGGCCGGUUGGGUGGUUCAUAUGGACAAGAAGAUUCGCGAAACGAAGAGGAAUGCCGGUAUAUGGACGGCCCAUCAAAGAAACUCUGCUCCUAAAGAGCAAGAGGUGUCAAUUUAUAAAUGGCGUGAAGGGGAACGGAGACUAUUCAAUAUUUCCUAUGCCUGUCCUCCAAUCCAUGAGGUACUCGCCGGCAAGGUCUCUUGUGUUGAGACAGUUCAGAUCCAUCAUCUUACUCGACCACAAAGACUUGUCGAAUACGAAGGGGAUUGGGUUUCAGAGAUUAUCCCUCGUCCUAGACCUGCACGAAGGGCAUUAUCGAGCCGAACUCCAUCCCGUGUCAAUUCUAGUUAGCGCAU